UUUUGUUACGGAAUCAAUAAAAACUUAUUGAAAUAUUUAUGAAAACUUUAACUAUUGUGCUUAAGUUAUAUAUGUUACACAAAUCGAAUAAUAUUCUGUGUCAGUGCUUAACAGUUUUGAAUUGUGGUCAAAUAAAAAAUAAAAGAUUUCAAGCAAAACAUAGAGGAGGAUAAUUACGAAGAGGGAGACAAACAAACAACUAGACGACGGAAAACAGAAACAGCGACGCAGCGGCAGCAGUAGCAACAAUCAACUACCAUCUACAAGAAAGUACAACUAACCUCACUUUCCUGUGUAUACCGAAAAAGAGAAAACGUCAAAAACGCGCGUACCACAACCAACGGCAGGAAAAAAGAUUCAACUGCCCUGCUAUAAUCUCGACAAAGGCAUUUAGCAUUAACAAGUGUUUCGAGUGGUGGCCUAGGUACGGGAAAGUGAAAAACGAACUUAUUAAGGCGUCAGAACGAACGUAACACGACCGUUCGUCUGCCCAUAUCGUUGGAAGCUUCUAAUAUAUCAUUGUAGUCGAGGAUAUUGCAAAAAUUUCGCCCAAAAGAAAGCAGAGUUUUCAGCACAUCAGAAUGGAAGUCGACGAUGCGAUAGUUAUGGCUGAACCACCAACGGCAUUAACAGCAUCAUCCACAGCUGAAGAUGACAAGACUGUACUUGGUGCUGGUUCUGAAGACAGUGGCGGCGAACGAGAGCAGAACACACCAAAUAGCUCGUUGAUAAAGGCGAAGCGUGCUAAACACAAACAUGACAAAGAAGAGCCUCCAGGAGACAAAGGUAUUCGAAAUAAUGAGCCAAUGGUAACGGCGACACCUUUAAAACUUGAAGUUUCUGGUUCCGAGGAUGAGGGAAAUAUUGAAGAUGAUGACGGUGAUGAGAAUGGUGCAGAUGGUGUGGCCCGUGCUGCCAUACGUCGGAAAUUGUUAUCUACGCCACUGGAAGAUGAUGGAACAGCCAAUGACGGCUUAGAAGAAUACGAAGUUGUGGCCUUAAAAAGAAAACGAUAUGAAGUAAGACGAUCGGGCUCUGAGGAAUGCCUUCUUGGCUUCGAUGAAUUAAGUGGAGAGGCAGAAUUGAUUAAGGCAGAGGAUAUACAAGAAAAAUCAGAGGAAAAGGAAACACCAGACAUGGAAAAAGUCUCUGUAGUAGCUCCGGACCUUCCCGUGAAUACACCAAAAUCUAUAAAGAAGACACCAACGCGAAAAAAUGCCCAAUCUCCUCUGCAAAACAGCAUGCGUUCUACGUCAAGGUCACCCAAGUGCCAGAAAGCAAAAUCACCUCUUCAAGACUCACCACCGAAUAAGGCUGCACAAAAAACUCCACCUACGACCCACAUUGUAGGUGACGGCGAGGAAACAAAUGGAUCGCAAGAUGUUGACAUGGCUCCAGCAGUGCAAACACCUCCUUUCGCAGGUUCUGGAAAAAAACCACUUUCUCCCCACGAUGAUUUCUAUAAGAAACCAUUUGAUUUCGGAUGGAAAAGAGAGUUGGUAUGGCGGGCCAAUAUAGAAGCGAGCAAGGACAAAGCCGAUGUGUAUUUUAUUUCUCCUGCUGGCAAGAAGAUGAGAACUCGUAAUGAAAUCAUUCCCUUACUAGAAGGAGACUUAACUAUAGACCAUUUUUGCUUUAUUCGGGAGCCAUUGGGUGCCGCACCAGAUUUUGAAAUUGUUCGUAGUGCUAAACCGUCGUCUCGAUCCUCGGUUGCGACAGCCACAUUGGCAGCAGCACCGUCGCCCCCCAUUGUAGGUAAGCGUGUAUCUAAGCCCAAGGGCCCGAAAGGAGCCAGUCCGCCCCCACAAGGGUGGACUCCCAGCAAAGCCUUGAAAGUGAACAAUGCCGCUUUACUAAGUGGCUCGGGUGUUGUCGGUGGCGGUGCCGGUGGAGGAAGAUUGUCGUUAUCCUCUCAGCUACAUCAGCAGCAGCAACAACAACAACACCACCACCACACAACAACGCCCAGCAGUCGUAGGCAGGAAAACACAUCAGCUCCCAUUGGCCAUACUACAAAGAGCAACAAAUCGAAAAAAUCAUCAUCGUCUUCCUCCUCAACGUCAUCACACGCAAAAGCCGAAAGCCAUUCCAACUAUGAAGUUCGUAGAGCUGCCGCUAAAGAAUCCUGCAAUAUUGGUUGUGCAAGAGCUGCUGGUCAAUUGCCCCAAUUACAAUGUACGAAAUGUUUUUGUCUCUACCACCACGAAUGCGUGGAUGUUGACAAACACACCAGUGACUAUAGGACUACAUCAAGCACUCAUGGCCGAGAAUAUAUUUGCGAGGCUUGCAGUCCAAAACCCUUGCAAAAAGCCAGCAAUAAUACAACACCUCCAGCCCCCCUACUUUCGGCUCCAGCCGGAAGAAUUGUGCAAGGAGCAUCUGGUUCGCCAGUUCUGCCGAAACCAAUGAAAGUGCCAACGACUAAGAAGGGCCGACAGGAAAAUAAGCAUCCGCAGACAAUUGCGGUGGUCAAAGGCAAGAAAUAUGUUAUGGUAGCGAAGCCUUUGACCCUGCCCAACGAACCCGCUAACGAUAUUGAAAAUGAUUUGAAACAGAUAAAUGAAAGCAUACGUAAGAACCGCAAACAAUCAAAUAACUCCGUGGAGGCGGGCUCCCAUCACACAUCCAACACUCACAACUCUCAAGUCGCGACAGCAGAACAGUCCAACAAGAUGUUUGCCACCAACUUUUUUGCCAAUGUUUCGUAUGCUUACGAUUCAUUGUUGUGUAUAAUGAAAUACCUUAAAAUACAUGAACGUCCGCGAGCCGCUGCAGUCUGCAAGCUAUGGCAUUUGGCAGCCAAGGAUACAUCGCUUUGGAAGACGGUGCGAAUGAAAAACUCCAAAGUUUGCAGUUGGUCCGGAUUUGCAGCUGCUUUAAGACGGGGUGAGACAAAGCACUUGGAUCUUCGUAAAAUGCUCCAGAAUAGUGGCAGGUCUGAAGAUUUGUGGAAUGAUUUUUGCGACAAUAUCGGAACCGUCUGUUCCUUGGAGAGUCUUUAUUUGUGCCGUUGCUCAGCUCGUGUUGUGGAAAGCUUAUUUCAAAGCAAUCGCAGCUUACGUGUCAUAAAUGCUUUGGCUAUUAACGAUGACACCAUUAAUCUCGAGAAUGUAGCUCUCUUGACUUCUUUGGAGGAAUUACGUUUACGCACUUGUGAGUCGGGCGUAUUGGCGGGGGAUUUAACGCCGCUAGCAUCAUUAGGAAAAUUAAUACACCUAUCUCUCACCUCAAUCAAAGGAUUGGGAGACAAAUGUGUGGAAGUUUUGGGAGAACUUACAACUCUAAGGUCCUUGGAGUUGGGAGAAUGUGGCGAUUUCGAUUCCACCUUUGCUGAAGCAGUUUUGCCUAAAUUGAUAAAUCUGCAGCGAUUACGUUUAGAAAAUGGUCAAGUCACUAACGUGUGUACUUUGGAAAUUCUAGACGCAGUUGCCCGUCUCGUCCAGUUGCAUCAGUUGGAAUUGGUAAAUUUCGAUAUCAAGCCGGGAUUUGAUGAGAAACUUUGUUUAUGUACAAAUAUUACAAAAAUGUUAAUCAUCCCCACAUACAUCUCACAGUCGGCUACCACAAAUCAGAUUGUGCUAAGUGCCGUACAGCAAGUGUCCGAAAGCCUAAAGGUAUUCACCUGGUGUGUAACUGUUGAACUCUUGCGCGUCACCGCCCUGUACGUGGAUCAGUGUGAGGAAUCAACGAAAAAAGAAAAACAUCACUUCGAUGAAUGCAUACCAGUGCUAAAACCUGUGCCAGGAGCUCCUCCGGCCGAUGACGAUGACGAGGAAACCGAAAUAAAAACUCACAAUGCCGAUACAUCUGGCGGUGAGGAUGGCAAUGGCGAUGUUCCUCAAAUUGAAAUUUUACCCUUGGACAAAGUGGAGACAAUAUUGGCUGAAAAUUUGCCUCACACCAAGUUCACCAUUGUCAAGGUGCCCUAUCAUUUAACGAGUAAGCAGCAAUUAGUGGACUAAAAAUAGAGCCGAAAUAUUGAGAACUGUUUCCAUUAAGAAAAAAAAACAACGCUUACACCUUCAAGAGUGUAUGACACGUAAGUUUGAUAUUUAUCAUACCUUCUAAAGGACCCCUUUUAUUGAGAAUACACAACAAUCACGCAAAAACAGAACAAUGGAAAGUUCGUAGUGUGCGUAGAAAUGAAAAAGUAAAAAAACGAAAGGAUUGUCGUUUAAAACCGGCUGAAAUUUAUGUAUCUUGGCGAAUUCGAGAAAGGAUUCGUAGGCAUACUAAAUUUCAAUAUUACAUAAACUUUUAAGGAUAAUCUAAUUUUUAACAUAUUAAACUAUCAAUAUAAGUAAAUUGCAAGGGGAUUGGAAGUGAAUUCCACCUCCUAUACCAAUCCAACCAUCAAAUUGUCGAAACAAAAAAAAUUGUUGAAGUGUUAAGUGUGAGUGCUGGAGUAGUUAAUAAUAAAUGGCAUAUAUUUCAAUAUGCAAGGAAAUAAAGAGAACGUCGCCAACAGCUCGACCACCUUUCACAACUAUAGAUAACCUUUUUUUAGUACAUUUAUUAUUAGAACUUAGUAUUUAAAUUUAAGGAAAAAAGGAACCCAACAAAAAAUACACGCGAACAGAGUAUGGUGAUGAAGAAGAAACAAAAAUCGUUUAAUGUUUAAAAUUUUUCGGACCUUUCUCUCUUCCAACGCUCGAUUUAUUUCAGCCAAAUUUAUAGUGAUAAUAACUGAAACACAAGUGCGGCCGGGUUAUCGAGAAGAGGAAUUCGGAAAGAAUACUAUUAUUCUAAAGCAACAUUGUAAUUGUUGCAGCAAAUGUUGCAAUACUUGUAUAAUUUAAAAAUAAAAACAAGGAAUAUUAACAUAUUCUUUA